AUAAAUGUGCAGUUGCAAACAAAAACAAUUUCUUUUCUUGAAAAGAAAACAAGAGGCGAGCUAAGCUAGCUGGACUGACAUGAGGCCGCCGCUGGCGUCGUCGUCUUCUUCUUCCAUUGCUGCCGCCGCUGCAACGGCUCCCUCCUCCUCCUCUGCUCCUCCGGCCACAACCAGGAGAGCACUGCUCUUGUCCACCUCAGCCCUCACGCUCGCCGCCGUCGUUCCUGCAGUGGCCCAGGCAGCCGCCAACCCCUUCUCCACGCCCUACUCCCAGUCCCGGACGCUGCAGCUCGGCCUCGACACCAACGGGAAGAUUCGGACAUGCCCCUCCACCAAUCCCGGGUGCGUCUGCACGAAUCCCACCGUCGGCGCCUCCUCCUCCGUCGCCUCCCCGCUCAUCAUCCCGGAGUCCACCUCCGCCGACGCUGCCGCUCAGAUGUUGCGGCAAGCCAUCCUCAAGACGCAGAAGAAUGUCAGCUUCAACGUUGAUCAGCAAACUCCCCACGGCCAGUACAUCCAGGCCGAGGUGGACGGCGGCUUCGGCCGGGACGUGAUGGAGUUCCUCGUGAAGAAGGACGCCGGCGUUGUGGCCUACCGCUGCGUCGCCACCAAGGUCACCUUCGUCUACCCCUUCACCACCGCCAUCGGUGACUCGCGGGGCCAGGAGCAGAGGGUCGCCGCCGUCGCGCAGGAGCUCGGCUGGCCACCUAGCGACGCUACAAUCACUAAAGUGAUCCAGAGACGCACCGCCAUCAUCGCCCCUUCCUCACCGGGGAGAACAUCAUCCUUUGGGUUUUUCAAAGACGUGAAUAUGAUCUACGCCAUGUUGAGUCAACCAUGGUCUUCGGUUAAAUGCACGCUGCACCAGUAGCAGUAGCUUCCUUGGCUUGUAAGGAAGCAGCAGGUUCCUAGUAAUUACCUAGUAGUUUACUUAGCUAGCUAGUAGUUUCCGAGAAUGUGAUGUGCAUGUACGUAGUAGUUUGCUAGCAGUUUUUCUAGGGGUUUACUUGACUUGACCCGGGCUGACCUGUGGCCUAUAAAAGGAGAUGAAUCCCAUCGGUUGUAAGUAGGCCGCUCCAGUGCAAUAUCAAUCAGCCUCAAGUGCUCUCCCAUAUGUGUGUGUUCAGUGUAGAAGCAUUGUUUAGCCACUAGUAGUCUAGUACGUGAGCUCCGCUCCAACUCGAUUAUGUGUGUACCACCCUGUUCGUGUCCUCCUCUGCCAGCAUAGCUAGACAUCCAGCAGUAGUUCAUCUAUAGUCUAUAGUUGGGCUAACACGCCACACACGUCACAAGGAAGGAAUGAAAACGCGCGCUUCGAGAUGUUUACGCCGUAGAGCUAGCAGCGCCAACCUACAGCCCGUGGUCGGAAAUUCCAAUCACCUUUGACCAAAGGGACCACCCGACGAGCAUCCGUCACCGAGGCACUGCGACCCUGGUUCUCAACCCCAUAGUGGAUGGCUUUCACCUAACACGAGUCUUCAUUAACGGGGUAGCAGUGUCACUU